AUGGCAAUUUCGAGUUCCGCCACACUCGACAGCCCACCUACGCCACCAAAAGCCGUCCUAAUCGUAAAUAAGCUCCGGACGAAACCUGUACUGGAUGCUAUUGACUCCUUCUUAACACACCUAACAGGAUUCUAUCCUCAUGUCAGAAUAUUUCAUGAGGACAAGAAGGAUAUGCCGCAAGCUGUAGAGCUUUGGGACCCAAAAAGAGAGGACCAUAAGAUUGACCUUGUAAUCACGCUGGGAGGAGACGGGACGAUACUCCAUGCUUCUUCGCUUUUCAAGGUUGGCGCGGUGCCGCCGGUGCUCAGCUUUUCGAUGGGCACACUAGGGUUUUUACUCCCAUUUCACGUGGACGAUUUUGCACAAGCUUUGGCGAGUGUGUUCCAGGGCAAGGCCACUGUUCUGUACCGGAUGAGACUUUCGUGUCUGUUCUAUAAUAAAGAUGGAGAGAGAAUGGAUAAGGAAGGACGAGAGUGGCAAGUCAUGAAUGAAGUGGCACUUCACCGUGGCGCCAGCCCACACCUUAACACCAUUGACGCGUUCGUUGAUGGACAGCAUCUGACCGAGUCCGUCUCAGACGGUCUCAUCGUGUCGACGCCCACAGGAUCCACCGCCUACUCACUAUCAGCCGGUGGCCCCAUCGUCCAUCCCUCACUGAGCGCGCUCGUUCUCACUCCCAUAUGUCCUCGAAGCCUGUCCUUCAGGCCACUCGUAUUCCCUUCAUCGUCCUCAAUCACUCUACGAAUAGGAGAGCGCAGUCGAGCCGAAGCUGGUGUCUCCAUGGACGGGCAAACCACCCGUACUCUCAAACCAGGAGAAUCAGUAACCGUCCGCGCAUCUCCGAAUCCUAUACCUUGCAUCAACCGCUCGUCAAUCGCAGAGCCACUGGAGGACAGGAAGGAAGGCGUUGGCCCAGGAAAGGAGGACGAUUGGGUCAGGGAUAUCAAUAAUCUGCUGCAGUAUAACGCGACCUUUAGGAGUAAGGCUUUGUUGAGGCUCAGUCGGACGUGAGAGGUGUGUAUAUUUGGGAUGGUGAAAUGCGUAUAGGGUGAGAAUAGGAUAUGGAGAUGUGGUGGCGCGUGUCCUAGGUUUUUAACGCGGCCCCUGAUGGCACGAGUGCUUCCAAGAAGUCGUUCUGGGUCGUACAGCUGUUUACAUAUCACAAGGAGCUGUUGUUGAUAGGACGAGGACACUGCUACAUAUGCCAAUACUAUUCUCCUUACGGUACGGGAUGUACCCG